GACUUGACCUCGACCCUCCCCAGAAUCGAGCGGCCCGGGUCCGAGUGGGUAAGGGGGACAAGCCGGUGACCUACGAACAAGCCCACCCGCCGCAUGACAUCGCUCAUCGCAAAGGCUGGCUAUCCUUGCACACGAGUAACCUGGAUGGAGAGCAGGGGGCCGCCGACAGGACGGUGGAGGACGUCUUCAUCCGAAAGUUUCUGUAUGGCACCUUCCCGGGCUGUCUGGCAGACCAGGUGGUCCUGAAGCGUCGGGCCAACGAGCUGAUCAUCUGUGCAGUGAUGCUGCAGCGCCUGCCCCCCACCAAGAUGUACUUCCUAGUGGGUUACAGUGAGGCGCUGCUGUCAGCCUUCUACAAGUGCCCAGUGCGCCUCUACCUGCAGACGGUGCCCACAAAAAAUGUCUACAAAUACAUUUAGGGCGCCCCCCCCACCAUGCACUGCUGGAUGGGGAGCGCCCCCAGCCUCAGGACUGUCUGGGGACCUUUGUCAUUGCUGCCUCCGUGGCUCCCCCUGGGGCCUAUGCCACAGGUGCUUAAGAGGAACAGUAGGGGUUGGUGAUCUCUGUUACUGUGAUUUCUUGUUAAAUUAAUGUUUAUAACAAAGCUUGAUUUCUGGUUUGUUUCUGUUCAAGGAGGCAGACUUGGCUCUUCUGUAGGAGUAUGAAUGAAUGAAUCAGGACUUAGUAUGUUCUAAGCACUAUGAUAAAGAGAGAAAAUUGAGACAGCCAGCUCCUCCAGUGGAAGAUGGGGCAGGAACGCCUGUGGUCCAGUGGGAGCAGAGCUGGGACUCUUAGCCAGUGCUGGUGGCUCAUAUGGCAGUGCGGGGCAGGGUGGGGGGGUAGGAGUGCAAAGAGAAGGGCAGGUGGUGAUGGUAAGGGUCAGGCACUGGAGUGCCCACCCCAAGGGCUGAGGAUUGGCUGUGAACAAUGGUUAACAUAACAUUUCCAAGGAUGAUAGGCUUUAGGUGUUACCCCUUUGAAGCCUCCAUAAACAGCAAGCUGGGCAUUAUUUCCUAUAUUUAAAAUUGGAAGAGAUCAUUCAAACCAGUCAGAGGAAUAGUAGCUGAGCCCAGUUCCUCUUUUCCCCGAAAUUACUAGCAUUCUUUACACUAUAUUGAGCAUCCUCUAACCCCUUAAAGCACUCCCUCUCUUUGUCUGCUCAGUCUGAUUGCUUUGUCCCCUGUGUUUGGGCAGGCUGGGUAAGUGAAGGUGGGUUGGGGGAGGGCAUGAUUCCUUUCUGUGCCCCAUUCUUACCAAAUCAGAGACCUUUCCUUUAAAUUGUCCAUGAUAGAGAAUUGUGGGAAAUUGAAGGAGAUGGCAUUUACUUUCCAACAGGAUGGAAGUCACAUCUACAAUCAUUCCUUGAAUAGAUCCUGAGUGUGGUCAUUUCCUCUCUAGCCCAGUAGAAGGAGCCCCCUUCCUGAGUCAGGGGCUGAAUUUAAAUCCUGGCUCUGCCACUUAACUUGCUUGGGCAAAUUGUUUCCCUUCUCUGGGUCUGUUUCCCUAUCUACAAGAUGAGGGAGUUGGUUAGAUGACCUUAUGGGUCCCUUUCAGCUCUCAAUUUAUGACAACAAUCUUGAAAAAGUCAACUGAUCAUCUGUGAAAAGGGGAUGAUAACAAUGCUCGAGUUAUCUACUUAGAGUGAGUAUGAAUUUGAGAUCUUUUAAUAAACAUGAUUAAUAUCCUUUGCCCAGGAA